CAUAAAGCUAUCUUCAUCCAGCGCGAUUGUUUGCCUCGUCGACCUUUGCAAGCACUUGCCGUGUGUACCGAAAUUGGCAGACCUUUCCUCUGCUCCAAGUUGCUUCGCGGCGUUCGCGCAUCGCAAAUCGCAACUGCGCUCACGACGCCGGUUCUUCAAAGUUUGCCCGCGGAGCUUGACUGAUCCUCCGCGACACGCCAGUCCAUCCUCUGCCAACCACCCACCAAGCACUUCGACCGCGUCUGCACGCAACGCUUCCUGCACCUCACCUCCGACAGCUCCAGUACAGGUACAGCUUCACCAUGGCUUCCGAGGUCGCGGGCAUGCCGAACGGCACCUACGCGCCUCACCAGGCAUACGGCGGCAUCGAACAGAACAACUACGCUCAUGCAACCAAUGCUCAGGCACCGCAGCAAGCCGCUCCGCAAGCACCGCCCACAUCGUCCACCCCGUCCAACGCGCAGCAAGCACAGCAACCAGAUAUCCCCAAGGAUGAGGUAGGCUGGUACUUUGUCGAGCAAUACUACACCACCCUGUCACGCAGUCCCGAGAAACUUUACCUCUUCUACAACAAGCGCUCUCAGUUUGUCUCUGGACAGGAGACCGACAAGGUUGCCGUAUGCGUGGGUCAGCGUGCCAUCAAUGACAAGAUCAAGGACCUCGAUUUCCAAGACUGUAAAGUCCGCGUUACCAACGUGGACUCCCAAGCCUCCGAUACAAACAUUGUUAUCCAGGUCAUCGGAGAACUCUCAAACCGAGGCCAGCCUCAUCGCAAGUUCACCCAGACUUUCGUGCUCGCAACGCAGACCAACGGCUACUUUGUUCUCAACGACAUCUUCCGCUACCUGGUGGAGGAGGAGGACGAGCCAGAGGCUGAGACUCGGCAGCCUGCCCAAGAGGUGCAGCAGGUCUCAGGUACUGAGAGCGGCUUCCAAGAGCCUGCUCCAUCAGAGGCCGAGCCAAAGACGUUGACCAGCUCUGCUGAACCUGCUGCUGUUGAGAAGAACGCACAAGAGGUUGACAAGGAGAUCGAGGAGAAGCUUGUGAACAAUGUGCAUAAUGUCCAGAGCGCUGUUCCAACUGCGACAAACGGCGAGCCAGCCUCCGAAGAGCCAGCUGUCGUUGAGGAGAAGUCAUUGGAAUCAACAGAUGCAGGCAAGCCAUCAGCCGUCGAGGCACCGACCGCCGCCGAAGUUGAUAUCGAGCCAGAAACGCCAAAAGAUCCAGAACCAACUCCCGUUACGAGUCCGGCUGCACCAGCACAGGCUCCAUCUCAAGCAGCCUCGGCCCCGGCACCCAAGCCAGCUGCUCCGGCUGCACCGAAGACCUGGGCCAGCCUCGCAGCAUCUGCGAAUCGUGUUGCGACUCCUGCUCCUCCUGCUCCUGCUCCCCCUGCUGCGCCAGCUACGCGUCCGGCUCCCAAGGCUGCCACUCCGACUGCGCCUGCCCAGCCCGCCUCAUCAUCCACUUCGUCUGCUCCAUCCGCACCUGCAGCUCAGCGACAGGAGGCUCAGGGCUCUGAUUCUCAGGACGAGUGGACUGCUGUCAGCAGCAGCCACAACCGCCAGCAAUCUCGACAGGCAAACAAUGCGUCUCAACAAGAAGAAUCUGCAAACCGUGGCUACAUCAAGAAUGUGAGCGACAACGUUGAGCACAACAAGCUUCGUGCAGAGCUAGAGAAGUUUGGCAAGGUCGCUUAUUUCGACAUUGCGCGCCAAAAGAACUGUGCCUUUGUCGAUUUUGAGACUACUGAGGGUUACAACAAAGCGCUGAACGCACCAUUCAAGAUCGGCGACGACGAACUCUACGUAGAGAAGCGCCACAUUCGGCCAGGUCAAACUCCAUACAUCCCUCGCGGCCAAUUUCAGGGCGGUCGAGGCGGCGGUCGUGGUAGUGCCGGCCAGGGCGCACCUCGCGGCAACUAUCAAGGUGGCCGUGGCAACGGCAACGGCGCACCUCGCGGUCGGGGCGGCUUCCAGUCCCAGCGAGGCGUUCGUGGAGGCGCCCAAGCAUAAAUGACUGGCACGUUGUUGGCCGCAUGCAUUUGGCCCUGUGCCGCUCCCGAGACUCGCACGGCAUGCGAAGUCUCCUUCCAGCACAGCACACGACGAAUCACCCACAAAAUGUACUACUAUCAGAGCGCUUUUGCCAGGACUUUUAAUGUGUCAUUAGCUACGAUGAGAUCGCGGAUCUCGCAUAGAGCGGGAAAAGUUGCAUAGCGUGGCUUGUCAUUUUGACUGGACAGAGCGUGGUGUAUUCUUGGGCUUUGUCUCGCAUUGGCUGGGUUGCUACCAUUUCUGAUCCUCAGAUAGCGAACAGAUCUGAUGUAAAAAGAGAAACAAACAAC